CAUAACAGCGUCAGAAAUGCAACUGCGUGAAAUCAGAAUGGAGUAGUUUUCGUUCUUUUACCUUGAAAACGUCGCAUGUGGAUAUCUUAACUCUACAGUGUGCCUUUGAACACGACAGAUAUGGCUGCUAAGAACAAUUUUUGGGUUCUGAUCAGUGAUACGUAGCUGAUCUCAGUGUAGUGUUUUGGCAAGCCUUCUCUGAGCACAUAAGUUUUUUGUUGAUGCCCAAAAUGAGGAACUGAUACAUCUAAAGAAAUAAUGAUGGCAAACUUAAGAGGAUCAUUCGAAACAGAGAGGAGAGAUGAGAAAGAUUUGCUCACUGUUGUUGAUCUGGAUAACCCAGAGGACGAAGAUGAUGCAGAUCACAAUGAGAGUGGUUUUGUAUCACCAGCAGAGCUAACAAAAAUUAAUUUCCGGUCAUUGAUCGGCCAUAAAGACGAGGUGAAUACAUGUGCAUUUUCUUCUGACUGGUCCAAAAUUGUAACAGGUGGGGAUGAUAUGCUGGUCAAACUGUGGGAUACAAAGACAGGCAAAGUUUUAUUUACUUUGGACAGUCAUGAAGGUGCAAUAAAAUGUGUGUGUUUUUCAUCUGAUGGAAAGCUGUUUGCCUCUGCUUCCUAUGACCAUACUGUUCAAGUUGUGAAUUGUACCACAGGGAAACAGGUAUUUAGCCUGGAAGGACACACCCACAGUGUUGAAACGUGUUGUUUCUCACCUGAUUCCAAUUAUUUGUGCUCUGGAUCUUGGGACACAUCAGCAAUUGUUUGGAACUUGAAGACAGGUACAGCUGCAUUUGUUUUGGAUGGUCAUCGCAAUGUUGUGCAGGCCUGUGCAUUCUCUAUCGAUAGUUCCACAGUGGCAACAGGUUCUUGGGAUUGUACAGUUCGUUUGUGGUCACUUGGGGGUGGGAAAAUGGAUGUCAAGUGUCUGAAGGGACACAAGAGUAAUAUUCAUGCAGUGGAAUUUUCGUGUGACAAAUUACUGGCCUCAGCAUCCUGGGACAGUACUGUACGACUUUGGGACAGUCAGUCAGGGGACUUGGUACAUGUACUGGAAGGACACACUGGUUGGGUUCAGGCGUGUUCAUUUUCGGAAGAUGGUAAACUUUUGGCUUCCGCUUCCGAUGACCAAACGGUUCGCGUUUGGGACGUAGAAACUGCCUUAUGUUUAAAGGAACUUGAGUGUGACACAGACGAGAUUCAUACAUGCUGUUUCACUCCUAAUGGUUCAGUAUUCGCAUCGGGCCCAGCAGAAGCUGAAACAACUAUUUGUAUUUAUUAAGCAUUGCGUACUGAAGAAAGUAGUAAGCCUAUCAUAACUGAGAUAAUUCACUGCAAAGUCGACAGAUAUAGAAAAAUUAAUUUUUUUCCUGGCUUCAUUCGGCGGGUUUAUUAUCCUCUUCGGCCUUUCCCCCUUCCCCUUUUCAAAGUUUAGGAGGAACAAAGCAAGCCUUGACGUUAAAAGGCAUAAGGGGAUGGAUUUGACUGGUUGACAGGUGCUAUUUACCUGUACAACAGUCUUAAUAAUGUCUCUCUUGUUGGCCGCUUACUGUAGCUUACUGGGAAGUGACUGACUGUAAGAUUUUUCUCUACUGAGGGGAAAUUAUCAUUAUUUAGCUAUUUUCGAGCUAUUUUCGUAUCAUUAUGUGAAAAAAAAUUUUGUGAUUGAUUGUGAAAAAAUUGGUUUUAAAGUUGACAAUACGUUCAUGUUCAUACUUUUCAUUGUUACAUUAUUGCAAUACUUUAGUUUUUAGUUUUUCUCCAAGCAUCAUAAAGAUUGUGAAAACAGACAAAGCAGUAAUGUAGCAUACACAAAAAUAGCCUACAAACAGCAGAAUUUUUAUUCGAUCGUGCAAAAGUGCAUGCAGUGAUAAACGAUUCAAUAUCUACAAUUAUAAAAUAUCAAGAUAGGCCGUCGUUAUAAAACACACUCUUACAAAGAUAGAAGAUAUUCCCGAAGAAAUACACCAACACCAUCAAUAAAUUAAGAAACAGGUGCUUGUCAAAAGCUUUUGUGCUUGCUUUUGUGUCACGACUCCCCUAGCGUACAUGAGAAUUCAUUGCCUUUUCUAGGCCAU